UGGAGACGGCAGCAUGGCCGCCACGGGCGCCACAGUCUUGGACGUCGUUGAUUAGUUGGACGAACGACAAGGGGGGUCAAGUUUGAAUGAUGGCGAGCGAUCUGUCGAGCGGUUGCACGGAGACGAUCGACCUGGACGACGAGAAGGAGGAGGGCGAGAUCUCGCUGGAGGACGUCAGCUCGUCCGAGGAGGGCGGGAUGGGCCACUUGACGAGCAGCUACAUCAUUGGCAAAACGCGCAUGUGUCCCGACUGCAAGUCCUGGGGCGAGUGCAGGACCUGGUGCAACGCGACGUAUCACAAGAGCCAGGGCAGGCGAGAUCCAGUCAAAGGGAAGGAAAACCGUCACCAUAUCAGAGAGACGGGAUACGCCGCGACAAAGCACACGGCGUCGACGUUGCAGGAGAAAAACGACGACCUGGUGCCGAUCUCGAGCGACAGCGACAUGGAAAUUGUCGGUCUCACGGACACGUCCAAUCGGAAGGCCAAAGUGAAAAAGAAAAAGCGAAAGAAAAAAUACGAGCCUCUACCUCUCACCAUCGACGAUUUGAUCUCUCCGUCCACCGACCUGAUGUCUAUAGCCCCGGAUAUCAGCUCGAUUAAAAUAUACAGAGAAGUGGUGAGGGAAGUAAGUCCGGUUCACAGACCGAGCGGCAGAUCGAAGAUGAUCUCAAGAUCGCCGAUCCGGAGAUACAAGUCGCCAGUGGUAACACGGUCGCUUCAAUCGUCCCGAUCGCCGCUGAACAACCAUUCCAGGUCACCGAUACUGACGAAGAGAAACACCCCGCGAAAGGUCAGGUCGCCGAAACGUAGCCUGCGGCGUCACUCGCCCGUGAGAGCGACAGCGAAGAGGCCGCCGUCGAAGCUGAGCACACCGCCGUCGAAGCCGAGCUCGUCACCGUCCACUCGUUCCUACGCCAACAGAGACGGCGACGUGACGCGGUUGUUGAAGAAGGUGCGGCAUCUGGAUUCCAUAGGCGCUCACGCGUCGCAGCCGAGCGUCGGUCGCGGUAAGGAAUCGUCGUCGUUGAAGGAGAAACUAUUCUCGUCGAAUAUACUGAAGAGAUCCGACAGCGACGAUCACGCGAUACAUCUCAAGGGAAAGUCGAAGAUCAAGUCCGAAACGGUCAACGACGCCGACGACGAGGACGAUCUGGCGUUGCUGCGACAGAAAGCGUUGGAAACGAAGCAGAAAAAGUCUAACAGAUACUCGGACCAUCCGGCAGACGUGGAGUCGGAGAGGAGAUUGGCUGUGAAUACCGAUGACGACCAGGACGAGGAGGCCCUGCAGCUGCGCAUGAUCGCGCUUCGCUCGGCGGUCAUGAAGAAGCACCAGAAUCGGGUUCGACGCGGCAUCAAGACCAAGAGAUCCACCCGCAGCGAGAGCCCGUUCGGCACGAGUUUCCUCGACGACAUACCCGUGCCCAGCGACGAGCUGCUGAAGUUCGCGUCGCCGCCGCGCACACCGUCGCUCACCGACAGCAAUCACAUCGAGGACAUGGACCUGGACACCGAUGUCGAGCGGGAGAAGGAGAAACUGCCGUACUCGCCGACCGACAAGAUCACCGAGAACGUACCUAUCGACACAGCGUUGCUCGGUAUCGAGCCGUCCGACGUGUCGUUUAUCAACGUGAACGAGACAGUCGGUAGCCCGGUCUUCGAUGACACGCAGGACGAACUCGCGGCGUCGGGCGGCGAGUUCACGCCUUAUAACUAUAACAACACUUACUUGCCCUUCCAGUCACUACACGCCAGUCCAAACACGCCGCAAUACUAUGCGCAUUCGCCAUCGCAGUACGUCAGCGAGACCUUCCAUCCGGACUUGAGCGAUGCGUCCGGAAAGGGACGUCUCGAGACUCCGCACGGCGACGGUAUCGUUUGCGGCCUAAUAGACGGAAUUUGCUGCCAGGAAGGGAUUUAUUCGUCGACGAGCGUGUCGGACCCUCUUUUAGUAUCCAAGGAUCUUCUCGCGCCUCCCGCCUGUCCCCACGGCACUUUCGCUUCCUCGUUUCAGAUGCCGCAAAUCGCGGAGCAGCCACCUGCCAACAACGACGGUACUGUAUUUGUGAAUGUGGACACCGCAUUCGGAAAUGACAUGUCCGUCUACGAAACGCAGACGGAUGCCCCCGCAUAUUCCGUCGCGGCGAUAGCUCCGACAGCAAUGGGAUACGCCGAGUCAAUGUCGCCUAACGAGUCGAUGGUAACGAUCGACGAUCUUCCGGAGACUGACGCGGAUCCGUUGAACCCUCUCGUUGCCGACGACCGAAAUUUACCGGCCACGGAAUACAUUCCAAAGGAAGCAGCAGCGCCGUGUCAAGCUGCCGCGGAGGAAACGUUGCGGGAACCGCUGUACAUGCAGGGUAUCCCGGAUGUUACCAAGGACACGAAUAAGAUACCCACGUUGAUCAACAGGACGCUGGUGCCCGCGCCGAUUCUCAAGUCGAACAAGCGGCUGCGGCAGUGCCUGAAGAAGCGCGAAACGGCGCCGCAGCCGGAGCCGACUUUCAAGAACGCCGAGAUGCAGCCGGUGACCGUCUCCGCCGCGGACGCGGCGAGCAGCAGCAGCAGCAGCGUCUUCAAACCGAUAAAAUUGCAAGUGGCGAAAAAAUCCGCGUCCGUAUUGUCGACGCUCGCCACAUUCGACAGUUCGGCGAGCGAGUCCUUGGAUCUCGUAUCGGAGGAUCAAGGAGAUCAAGGCGGCUCGCUCGAAACGGAGAAUCACGAGACGGCUGAGUUGAGUCCUCCCGAGAUCGCUGAUACGCAGGGGGCAGCGAGUGGUGGUAAGGCUGCUCCAGCGACAAGGGACAAGAAGCGGAAACGCACCAAGAGGAAGAGUUCCGACACCGCGCACCGGUUGCUUGAGAGUGCAAAGAAUCCGUGUUCGGAUGCUGGUGUACAUAGAGACGCAAUUGCGGAUGCGUCCACUUCGGAUCACGUUGCAAUCGAAUCCGGUCAGAGCGGGAGCAACGGUAACGCUGCGCAGGAGGAGACUUCGACAGGAAAAUCGCCGAUACAAAGUAUCGCUGAUGCUCAAGAGUUUGUCAACUCCGGUGACAACGUCACGAAAACGUCAGAAAAGAGAAACACGGAAGAGAACGGUCGCGCAACAUCGUCAACGUUCGUCGAAUAUUUGCAAAAGGAAUCCCGCCAUUGUUUAUCAACAAACCCCGCCGCGACAGACCACUCCGAGUCCGGCACAGUUGACAAAGUCACCGAUACGACGAAACACAAUAGUAGGAGACAAAGCGUCGACGAGGACGAGGACGAAUUGCGAGCGAUCCUGUUGGCUUCUUUAAAACGGGCGAAAUCAACAGACGCGAGCAGUCCUCCAGCUGUUCCAACAGCUGUUGCUCCCGUUGCUCCCACAGUUGCUCCGGUUACAAACUCUGCUGCAACGAGUGUCCAGAGCACAGCUGCGCUGAAAACUGCGGCGGGUGCUGCCAUGCCGUCGGUGGCUAACGCGACGUGCACCACGGCGGGCAACAACGCUCCGUCGUUGCCAGCGAAGCCGUUAACUUCAUCGGAAGCUGAGAAGAAGAAGAUUAAUGACGCGUCGGUCUCGGUGCAGAAUAACGGCAGGAAAAGAGGCGGCAGCUUGGACGCGGCAAGGAGCACGCCGAAGAAAGUGCCGAAGAAAGCGCUCACGAGCACGAGGGUGGUGAACAACGCCAAGAAAGCGCUCACGAGCACGAAGGUGGUGAACAACGCGAAGAAAUAUCAGAACAUGAUUGUUCAGAGGAGGCUGAAUCUACGGAAGCUCGAUAACAGCGCGAAGCCCAACGAGAUCGUGUGGCCCAACGUUGGUGGCGCGUCGAAGAUAUCGCCGCACGCGUCCGACACUCAGCGAUUUGUGAUAAGUUUAGGCUCCGACAGCACAGACGACAGCGAGUCCGCGGACGAGAGAGACGCGCCCGCGCCUGCUCCCGUCGCGGAGAAGCCUCAGGCGCACCAGGAGAUCCCCGCCGACUUCGAGAAGAACUUGAACAAGUUUCUGCGCGAGAUGAGAAACGAGCAGGAGCAAUCCGCGGCGAAGUCGUCCGGUUCGUCCAGCGGUUCGCAAGCGACAAAGCGAGGAGACGUGCCGCAAGUGGCUAACGGCUCGUCCAAUGUGCACACGCCACUGGCCGUGAGGCAUCUUCCCGCGUCGCAGCAAGAGGAGUAUCGUCGCUUGAAGCAGCAGAUCUUGGAGCGCGAAAAGUUGAAGCUGCAAAGAAAGGUGGCGAGUAACAAUAGUCAUAAUGGUAGUGGUAGCAGUAACAAAUUGUCAAACGCCAACGCGGCGAGCUCGCCAGCAAAAUCCUCGCUACCGUGCGAAAAGAAAGCGCAUGUUAAACCAAAUCAGGAUAAGUUGAAAACGCCAGAGGUAAGUCCUCAGGAACCGUCAACGGAAGUCGGAAGGAAGAGCGACGACGCGACGAGAGGCGUGUCGGAGUUAAACGUAUGUCCCGUGUCGGCUGACAAUCUCUCGGCGAGUGUCUCAAAACAUACGAACGUCGUGCAAAUCAAGAGUGGUAAGAAGGUAAUACCGAACAAUCUCAGCAUCCGAAUUACCAACGUCACCGCCGCGACUCAGCCCGGCGGUAGAACGGUCGAGAAUUCGCGUGAGAAGCAAUCUGCGAGGGACAAACCGCAGCAUAGGGCUACCUUGAGAACGUUAAGUACAGACGAGAUAAAUCUUAAAUAUAUGCAAGUACUGUUGAAGCAAGACACGGUCGAGAGAGUCGUCACUAUAAGCGAGAAAUCGGCCUUGCAACGCGACAGCACGACGGCGGGCGUCGAUCGAGGUGAAACUCUGGCCUCCGAGCCUGAUGUUAAUCGGGCAGAAAUUCUAAACGAGAAAAAUGUAAAUAAUGUAGAUGGCAUCGAUACUAGUUGUUUUUCUAACGCGUCUACCGUGAAACUUUCGGGAAAUUCGUCCGCGAGCCGGCAAGAGGACACCACGAUGGAGACCACAAUGACGCUCUCGCAGUACGAAGCGGAACGCCAGCGAGAAAUUGAGCGUGAUACCUCAACGGCUGUACUUGCGGACAAUGGCGGCAGCAGCAGCAGCAGCAACAGCUCUCCAAAAUCGGACACAGCUGCUGACGACAAUGGUAAUCCAAAAGACGUUUGGAACGCGUUUAAGAAGGACGUUAAAGCGGAAUUGAAUUCCCUGAUGAGUCUUCCGAAAGUGGAGCGAGAGCGAUACCUGAGAGAGACCGAGCACAAAUUGGUUGCCAAACGGUACAUGGUCUUAGAUCAUUUAGCGGAAAUGUCAGGGAACCUUCGUCAGUGGGAUAUGGAGAAGGACGUGCAGACUAUCCUGGCCGGCGAAGUGAGAAAACUGAAGGAGCAACUGAAGGUAGCCGAGGAAAGAUUGCAGCAGCAGCGCGAGCGCGUUAGCAGCAUGGGCCCGAAGGUUUCGACCGCACGUCAAAAGAUCAAUACUGGCCAGCGCGAGUGCUUCAAACUAUCGGAAGUUUGUUCGACCCUAGGUAACCGACUCAUGGGGAAAAACUACAAGUUGCCAGAGGCGGUAACUCAACUCCUAAAUGAUAAGCUCAAGGAGGUCGCUAAUCAUACCCGUCAGUUCACCAAGAAGAAGCGGCUCCAAUCUAAUGAUAUUUCUGAAAAUUCCUAUUCUAGUUCGUUGCAAGAAAUCUCAGACUCGUCUAAGGACUCCGAGGAGAAUUUGUCGUUGCAAGAACAGCCAACGAAUGGCGCGGCUGUGAUCGAUGAGGCGGGAUCGAAGAGCGAUACUUCUCGCUUGACGCAAUCUAAUCAAGAUAAAAGUCCGCCGAUACCGGAAACCUCGUUGGAUUUCUCGAUACCGGAGAAUAGAGAAGAAACUUUAGCGAAUACGCCAAAUCAUAACGAAGACGUCGCGUCCCUUAAUCGUGAUAGCGCGUUAUCCUCUGAACCAAAGCUGUACCAAAGUAGUUCGACAAAGCAAAAUGACGAGCACACGGAAGGAAGUAGAACGGACGAGUCCGAGCCCGCUGUGUCUUCAGAGCUUAAAUCGUCAGCGACAGAUUCUUCAAGUCAAAAACGCAAUGAACAAAAUAAUAAAAAAGCCUCGACGCAACUACCAUCGUCAUCGCCAACACCAUCGUCAUCGACCGCAACGACCACGACAGAUGUAACAACGACAAAUGUAACAACGAUGACGACGACGACGAUGAAGAUUGCACCUUAUGUAUCGAUAUUGACGCACUUAAAGAAACCGAGGAACAUCAACCCCCAUGGAAUUCUGUGUCCGUACGAAAUGCAGGGCAUUUGCAGAGACGAGGAUUGCCAGUACAUUCAUCAGUCGAGGAAUCAAACCUGAAAUAACACAUUACAUACUACCGAACAUACUCAACAUAAUAUACGUAAGGUGGUUCUAAUUUCUCGUCAAAUGUGUCAAUGUGGAUCGCACAUUUUAUGUACUGAUAAGGCGUCAAUUCGUUAGAUAUAAACUCACGCGUUUAGUUCCUUGGCUAUUUUAACUUUUAACUAAUUAUUUACGAUACAUGUGUAUAUAUUACAUAUAAGAUAGAAUCGCGUAACUAUUAUCUUUCUUAAUUAGGAAUAUAAUCGUAUGAUCGUAAUAAUCGUUUUGUACAUACAAAAAGUAGUUUUAAUCGUCUCUUUGAACCGUAUGUCUUUGAUUUCGUAUUUGCAGGUAUCAUCGAUUAUCCUGUAGGAAGUAAAUAUAUCGAUAUAGGCGGGAUUAUGCGGAGCCAACACCUGAAGAUCGGUAAGUUGUCUUCAUCCAUGGCAGGCUCUAGUGCGCAAUAUUGAAAUUAUUGUUUUAUUUCGGAAAAAUCUUACAUUUUACGUAAGAUGUCUCUCCCCCUUUUUUUUACAUAUAUAUAUAAAAAGUCGUGCUACUACGGGAUUUCGAGCGGUAUCCGUACUUUACCAAAAGUUCAAAGAAAAAAAAUUUCUAUCACAGUGUAUAUUUUUUACAAUUGUAAGAAAAAAAAGUGUCAUAAACUGCAAGAUCAACCAGUGUGGUAAAGAUAGAAGAAGAAUCUCUAUCGACCAUACUAAAAAAAGAAGAACUAAGAUUGAAAAGAAGAGAAGUUCUGCAAUUACGGAUCAUCAAAUGGACGAUCAGUUACUUUUUCUUCGUACUUCGAUAUAAGUUACCUCAUAUAUUAUGAAUCUUGUACCUGUAUAAUAAAAGUUGAAUAUUUUUUUCUUA